AUGUCCGAACUCACGCUCGACACACUCAUAGAUGAUGGCAACCACCUAGGCUCAGAGAGAGCAAGGGCCGAAAACCAGGUCAUCCUCGAUGAACUCGAGCGCAAGAAGAAGGCGCGUAAUCUCGCCGUUCCGACCGACGACAACAGAGUCAAGGCCAGGCUGCGCGAGAUUGGGGAGCCCAUAACGCUCUUUGGCGAACGACCUCCAGACAGGAGAGACCGUCUCAUCUAUGUCCUCUCCCAAAUCAAUGCAGCGCGUGGGGACGAGGCAAUGGCAGUCGACGAGGAGUCCUCAGAGGAGAGUGAGGAAGAGGUCGAGGAGUUCUAUACUCCCGGCUCCCUCGAAUUGCUGGAGGCAAGGAGAUUCCUAGCGGAAUACUCUCUUCCUAGAGCUCAAAAAAGAGUCGCGCAGCAACGCCUAGACAGCAAGAUGCCGUUGGGUCGCAUUAUUGAUAUACGGAAGAAGGUCUUCGCAGAAGUCAAGAGCUUCGCAAAUCUGGGUUCACAAAUUGGCGACGAGCGACCCAUCUCUCUCGUCCGUUUCUCGCCUAACAGCAAAUACCUCGCCACCGGAAGUUGGGCAGGUAAUGUAAAGCUCUGGGAUAUGCCCAAUUGUACACCUGUCCGAAGCUUCCGAGGUCAUACCGACCGUGUUGGAGGAGUUGCAUGGCAUCCUCAAGCGACCCUAAGCCAGAGUGAAGAUGUGGUCAACAUGGUUAGUGGUGCUGCAGACCAAACUGUCAAUCUGUGGUCUUUGAACAGCGAAACACCUCUAGCGACGAUGAAAGGUCAUGCAGACCGAGUUGCACGCGUUGCGUUCCACCCCUCGGGCAACUACGUCGCGAGUGCCAGCUUCGAUACGACUUGGCGACUCUGGGACGUUAAGACGUCAAAGGAGCUUCUCUUGCAAGAAGGUCACUCGAAAGAAGUCUUUUCAGUCGAAUUUCAGAACGACGGUGCGCUUUGUGCGUCAGGUGGAUUGGACGCCAUCGGCCGAGUAUGGGAUCUGCGCACGGGGCGAACCGCAAUGGUACUCGAUGGACACGUCCAAGCCAUCUUCGCAAUCGCUUUCUCGCCAAACGGCCACCAAAUUGCUACGGGGUCCGGAGACGACACCAUCCGAAUAUGGGACAUGCGCUCCCUCAAGGCCCUCUACACCAUCCCUGCCCACCUUUCCAACGUCUCUGACAUCCGCUUCUUCUACGGCGACGAGCUUCCUCCAGGCUUCUCCUCCGACGUCACCAUGAACGGCACAGACGACGCCUCUGCCUCCCCGGACGCGAAGCCCACCGACGCCGAGAAGGUUAUCGAGGAGUGGAAGUAUCGCUCUGGGCUGUACUUCGUCAGCGGGGGUUACGACGGGCUCGUGAAGCUCUGGAGCGCGGAUGACUGGCAGCUCCUGCGCACGCUGCCCACAGACGGAGGAAAGGUCAUGUCCGUCGACUUGUCGCAUGACGGGAAGAUGCUCGCGUCGGGGACGUACAACCGCAAUUUCCAGAUAUUCACUCCGGAGGGGUCGUGAGACCCCGAUAAGCGAUUGCCUUGAGUUUCUUCAUGUAUCUCCGCGCUGUUGCAAAGUUCGUAUUGGCAUUCAUGGAGACCGUCAAUUUAAAUGCCUGAUGGCGCCCUGUUGCUGUUCUGGAGGUGAGACUUCGAAGUAUCUUGACCUCCGGCCUUGUGAAAAACUAGCAGAUACACUAUGUUAAUCUACAGAGGCCUUACAAAGCCC